AACUCCCCUGCCAUUCGUUGAUCAGUUGCGGUGCCGAUCGCACGGCUCACUUGCCGACUCGAUCUUGUGUGGUUUGCACUUAAAACACUAAGUCUAACUCUAACAUUAUUUUUUUAUCCAAACCGAGUGUGCAGUAUUUGAGCGGCGUUAGAGUCGCGCGUUUUAGUCAACUGCAAAGUGCAGUGAGGCGAACUGACUUGGCGCUUGUCGGCUUGGCACGGUCGUCCGUCGCGAUCGCUGAUCGCAUUGCAAAGUACAACGCGCGCUUCGCUUUUUUUCUUCCCCCGAUAAUAAUAAAGUCGAGUUUACAAAUAAAUAAUAUAAAGUUGAACCGAAAAAAAGAAAAUUAAAACGCGCGAAAUAAAGUUUAUAAUUACAAAGCAAAAAGAGAACUUUACAGUUUUUUUCUGUAACAUUCCAAAGGAGGCGUAUCCAACAAACACACAGCGCUUGCUUGCGGUCGUCUAAAUUUGUGUCGCCGAAACUGAAACGUCGCGCAACUUUCGGCUACUGCUGAAUGGACGGUUUUGCAUUUUUGCUGAAAGUACGCGAAAUUAAACGAAAAUAAUCCAAAGUGAAAAUGCAAAAUGAAAACAAAGAACUCGUGCACAUUGGACCGCAAAACGCGCUGACCGAACUGCAGAUCUGGUGCCCCUGCGCCGGCGCGACGUCAUCAGGGUUCAACGGGUAACAGCCGCAAUUGAAGCCCACAAAGGAUCAGAAUGUAUCGCCUCCGCUCGAAGAUAGCUGGUGCUGGGAACCAGAUAAUGUCAAAUCCGACAAUGAUCACUCCUCCGAAUCCUCGAGUAGUGGCAAUGGCAAUGAAAUGGUCAAUAUCACCUUGGAGGAGGUACCGUUGGGGCGUAGUGCGCAGACUUUCUCUAGAAAACGUGCUACCGGUGAACAGACCGCGACGCUACAGAAGCGCAACAAGCAAUUGGAGGAGGAGAAUAAACAACUGAGUGCGGCGCUGGAAGAGUUGGACAGUCAACAUAAUCUGGCAAUGCAGAAUGUGCUUGAGCUGAAAACCGAACUUCAGGAGAAACUCAGCGGCGUUACCAAUAGCUAUGAGGCUUUGAAAAAGGAGCAUGCGGAUAAAUUCAUUAACAGCGAACUCGAGAUGGCGCGUUUGCAGAAACAGUUGGAUACUUUGGUGAAACAACAGCAAGCUUUUGAGUCCGAGAAGCAACACUUGCAGAUGCAGGUUACCAACUAUGAAAAGGAGGUAAAGAAGUCUAUUGAAGACAUGGCUGAUUUGCAAGCGCUGCUCGAGAAGAAGUCGCAAGACAAUGUAGAGUUAAUUGAAAAGGUUAAGGCAGCCGGGCGCUUAGCAGAUAAGUCCGCAGAGGAAUUAACAGAGCUGCAAGAGCGUGUGGAACAGCUCACGAAGGAGCUGGAGGACGCAAAACAAAUGAAAGAGAAGAAAACAUCCGAGUCUUCGACCAGUUCAACGGGUAAACAUAGUGAAGAUGAAUUCAUUGUGGUGCGUGAAGGAGAUGCCAACUCAUCUGGUCCCGCCACGCCGCCCACAAAAGAGGAGCUGAAGGACAAGAUUGUGCAAUUAGAAAAUCGCGUUUCGGAAUUGACAUUGGAGAACGGCAGCUUAGCACUGAAACUGCAGGACAGUGAGAUGGAGAAACAGCUGUCUGUGACGGUGUUACGUGAGAACGUGCAAGAGCUGCAAAUGCGCUGUGAAGAAACCGAAACAGCUCUGCAGAUCGCUAAAGAAGAACUCGAAGAACAACAGGAAAAGUUGGAGUCCUUGAAGGAAAAAGCGGCAGAAGCUGUGAUCGCACAACAGCAAUUGAAGACCUUGGCUGAGGAGAAGGGCAAAAUCGAGACCGAGAUUUUAAAUAUGAAGGAAGGUUUGCAAAAAGUUCUAGAGCUUGAGAAGAGACUGCUGUUUUCAGAGAGUGAGAAAGAGAAUCUUCAGAUAGAGUUACAGGCAGUGCGUGCUACACAGGAGCGUAUCACAGAGUUAGAAGGUAAAGUCCAAAAUCUCAUGGUGGAAAACCAACAAUUACGACUAAAUGCUGAAGCUGAAACCGAGUCGCAGAAUUACAGCGCGGAACUGGCUGAACGCAUCAAGUCAUUGAAUGAGGAAAACGAAAGCUUGCGCACCGAAAUUGAGUCAAUAGCACAUUCAAAAUUCCGGGAAGCCAUUGCAGAAGAGAAACAAGAAAUCACAGAUCUGGAUGCGGAUGACGAUGAGCCCUUGACCGUGGAUAAAAUAAAGGAGUUGCUGAGCUCACACAUUAAGUCAAAACUCACCAGUGAAAUGGAGGAGGCCUGUCGGGCAGUGCAAGAGCGUGUUACCAGAACAGUCAACGAAAUGGAACGCAAUAUAUCUCGUUUGUCGGAGGAACUGCUCGAUUUGCAGGAUAGUAAAAUGGUUUGGGACCAUGAGAAAAAGACGCUGGAAGCAGAUAUCUCACAAUACAUACUACAAUGUGACGAGCUAAUGAAGAACAACGAGAUACUGUUGAACGAACUGGAGAAUUAUAAACGAAAUAAGCUCGAGACAAUACAGGAGCACAAUGAGGAGAGCGUUAUACAUUUAGAAGCCGAGUUAGAAGAGGCUUUUAAAAUGAACGAGUCAUUAGAGAACGAAUACGUCGAACUGAAAGAGAAGAACGAAGAGCUCGAACGAGAGAAACAAACACUGACGGAGCAAUUCCGCGCCACCCAACAACAGUGCGAAGAAUUGCGCAGUGCUGAGAAAGAAUUAAAAAUACAGCUUGAAACCUUGGAGAUAGAAAAGGGAAAUAUGCUUUUCGAGCUGAACGAACAGAAAUCAUUGGACUCCAAGCAAACUGACAGCGAUGUGCUCGUACUCAAGAGCGCCGAGGAGAAAUGCCAAAACCUGGAGAGUCAAUUAGCGCGUCUCAGUAAAGAUCACGCGGAUUUGGUAGCAGCCAUGCAGACACAGAAAGCAGCAUUGCAGGAAGCGAUAUUAAAACGAGAGGAGGCGGAAAAGGGGCUCUUGGAAAAAGAUAUGCUAAUAAAGCGUUUGGACGAAACCCUGAAAGAGGAUCGUAGCGGUGAAUUGCAGAAGAAACUCGAUGACCUCUCGGCGCUUAAUCAACAGUUCAAGCAAGAACUAGCGGCGAAAGACAUAGUGCUAGAAAGUCGGAAGCAAGAAUUACUGGAAGCGCAGAACAAUUUGGAUGUCUGCGAUGGUAAGUUGCACGAACUCGAAGAGUUAGUGUCGGUAAAGGAGAGCGAUUUGGAGGCUACGCGUAGACUUCUGGUGGAGAGCGCAAGAGAGAAGAACGAACUGAACGAAAAGUUAAGCCAACAGAAAAUUAAUAUCGAACAGUUAUCGCAACUGAAGUUAGAAAAAGAAAUUUUGCUUAACGAAUUCGAAGAGCUAAAGAAGAAGUGUGAAGCUCACAGCGAUGAGUUGAAGUCGCUGCAAGAAUCAGCCGUCACAUCCACCAGCAACGAUGCCUCCGCAAUCACACGCAUUGCGCAACUGGAAGCCGAGCUACUGGCCACCGCUGAUCUGCAGAAAUCCGUCGAAACAUUGAACUACGAGAAGAAUGAAAUGAUUAAGGCGCUGCAGCAGAAACAUGCUGAGAACAUGCAAUACUACACCGAAAUACAACGCCUACAGUCACUUCUACAACAACAGCAGCAGCAACAACAAAACGCACAAUCGACGCCUUGCGAUAAAUGCGUCACACAUGAGAGUACGCUAAGCGAACUGCGCAAAGACUUGGAAAAGCAGCAGGAUCAAAUAAAAUUCCUCAAAGAGAAGUCCGACAUAUUAACGACCAAUUUGCUGUCAGAGCAGACCAAUCAGCGGCUGGUGCAGCAGGAGAAGGCGGAGGUGGAAGAACAGAAUGCAGCUAUUCGCAAGGAUUUGGAGCGACUGCGCGAGCAUUUGCUGGAGAUCGAGGACUUGCACACACAGGAAACGGUCGAAAUGCAGCGGGAGCUGGAGGAGACCAAAGCCAAGAUGGUUGCGCUGCAGGAUGAUGUCGCGAAGUCAAGCACAGCCUACACAUCGGCAAGUAUACGCGCCAAUCAGCAUGCUGAGACGUUACAGGCGCAGUACGCCAUUCUGCUGCAACAGCGCGACGAGUUAGUGAACAAGCUGAGCUCGGCCGAAGACCGAGAAUCGAAGAAUCAGGCGGCGUUGUGCAAUCUCCAGUGCGCGCUCGAGCAGUUCCAAAAUGAUAAGCAGAACGACAUCAAAGCCGCCACGCACAGUAUACGCAAGGAGCUGCAGCUGGAGCAACAGAAGCAGGCGCAAUUGCAGGCGGAGAUUGGCGCUCUUCAGCAGCAGCUGAGCGAGGCCAAGCAGGGUCUGUGCGCCGCGGCACGGCUCACCGACCAGUUGGAGGCGUGUCAACGCACAAUCGCCGUGCUGCGCGAAGAAGUUGACACACUGAAACAGCAGAAUGAGCAACUCACGGCGAAGCUGAAGCUCAACGAAUCUAGUCAGUCGGACAAAAUCGAGAAGAGUCUCAUCAAGAGCUUGCUGAUCGGCUAUGUGGUGAGCAGCAAUCCGAAUGAUAAGAAUCAAGUGCUGCGCAUGAUUUCAUCAGUGCUGGACUUUUCGCAAAGCGAAUCGGACAAAGUAGGCCUCAACAAACAGCAGUCGAGUUGGUUCGGCGCCAUAUUGGGCGCUGGCGCUGGCGCACAAGGUGUACAUUCCAAGGACAAUUUAGUGCAGGCUUUCGUACAGUUUCUCGAACAGGAGUCACAGCCUAAGUCGGAAGAUGCCAACAUGCCCAACUUGUUGAACAUCACUCAACAAAGUAGUCCGCCAGCAGCAGGCUCAGCUAGCCAACCCGCACGUCGCACAUCCACAUCCAGCAACAGUGGCGCAGUCGCCGCAACUGCUAACUCACCGGCGGCGCCUAUUCCUAUUCAGCCGCUGUUGCUGAAUGACUUUGCGCCGUCACGCAAUUCCAGCUCAAUAUUGAAGGAUAUUCUAAACGAUUCUUGAUUAUUGUAAGAACGCCAGCUGUAGUUACCUUUAUUUUACUCGUACUCUAUUUAAAUUUACUUCUACAUACUACUUUAGCACUUUUGCAUGGAAAAGAAAUCCUGUUUUUAGAUUUAGUAAGUGUACCUACAAUAGUUUUUGUUUUGCGUUAAAGUGUUGGCUGUAUCUCUAUUGUGACUCGUACACGUCCUGUUUUAUUUUUAAUUUAAUAAACAUUAAUAUAUAUACAUACAUAUAUUUGUAAUGUCGAAUUUUCUGGAAUUUGUUUUAGUUCUAAAUGAAUGUAAAUAAAUAUGUAUAAUAAAUAAUGCACAUAAAUAUA